AUGCAAGAUAGGGCUUGUCUGCGACCUCUGAGAGGUCAACGACACCGGUUGCGAUUCGAAUUCCAGAAUUUGGGUCGUGACAUUGCAUAUAAAAAUGAAAUAUCAAGUGUUCAUCAAGUUGUGUAUGCUAAGUUAGAAAUAAAUUUGGAGAAUUCUGAUUACAUUUUAGAAGAAGUUAAUAGAGAAGAUUUAGAUAUGCCAACAAAUUUGGAGGAGGAUGAGGAGGAAACUUUUGAAGAAGAUGAAUGGAUAGAUAAAGAGGAAACUUCUGAAGAUGAUGCAAGUACCGGCUCGAUGGGAUCUGUUAAUGGAACAUUGGAUAUUGAUGAAAAAUUUAAAAAGAGGAGUGAGAUUUGGAAGAUGGCUCGCGCAUCAGAAAAGGGAGGCUCUUUGAACACUGGUGGAUCUAUUAUCCUAAAUACUAGGAAGGAAAGACUGGAAAAAGAGUUGGGUAGGCCGGUAGCUGUAGAAGAGAUGUUCAAGGUUACACAUGUCACGAAGAGUACGAACCCCGGAGAAGAAGAAAGAUGGGAUGAGCCACGCGCUCAAGAUACAUAUACAAUAUAUAUAAUGGAGGGUAAGAUAGUUUUUCUCAAUGUCGAGCUUGCUGAUGUAGCCGACAGAGAGAAGGAAGAGAGAGGAGGAGAUUGCGGCAGAGAACAAGAGGAGGGUCCUGCAAAUCCCAUUAUACAGGAGGGUCCUGCUAGUCCCAUUAUCCAGGAGGGUCCUGCAAAUCCCAUUAUACAGGAGGGUCCUGCUAGUCCCAUUAUCCAGGAGGGUCCUGCAAAUCCCAUUAUACAGGAGGGUCCUGCUAGUCCCAUUAUCCAGGAGGGUCCUGCAAAUCCCAUUAUACAGGAGGGUCCUGCUAGUCCCAUUAUCCAGGAGGGUCCUGCAAAUCCCAUUAUACAGGAGGGUCCUGCUAGUCCCAUUAUCCAGGAGGGUCCUGCAAAUCCCAUUAUACAGGAGGGUCCUGCUAGUCCCAUUAUCCAGGAGGGUCCUGCAAAUCCCAUUAUACAGGAGGGUCCUGCUAGUCCCAUUAUCCAGGAGGGUCCUGCAAAUCCCAUUAUACAGGAGGGUCCUGCUAGUCCCAUUAUCCAGGAGGGUCCUGCAAAUCCCAUUAUACAGGAGGGUCCUGCUAGUCCCAUUAUCCAGGAGGGUCCUGCAAAUCCCAUUAUACAGGAGGGUCCUGCUAGUCCCAUUAUCCAGGAGGGUCCUGCAAAUCCCAUUAUACAGGAGGGUCCUGCUAGUCCCAUUAUCCAGGAGGGUCCUGCAAAUCCCAUUAUACAGGAGGGUCCUGCUAGUCCCAUUAUCCAGGAGGGUCCUGCAAAUCCCAUUAUACAGGAGGGUCCUGCUAGUCCCAUUAUCCAGGAGGGUCCUGCAAAUCCCAUUAUACAGGAGGGUCCUGCUAGUCCCAUUAUCCAGGAGGGUCCUGCAAAUCCCAUUAUACAGGAGGGUCCUGCUAGUCCCAUUAUCCAGGAGGGUCCUGCAAAUCCCAUUAUACAGGAGGGUCCUGCUAGUCCCAUUAUCCAGGAGGGUCCUGCAAAUCCCAUUAUACAGGAGGGUCCUGCUAGUCCCAUUAUCCAGGAGGGUCCUGCAAAUCCCAUUAUACAGGAGGGUCCUGCUAGUCCCAUUAUCCAGGAGGGUCCUGCAAAUCCCAUUAUACAGGAGGGUCCUGCUAGUCCCAUUAUCCAGGAGGGUCCUGCAAAUCCCAUUAUACAGGAGGGUCCUGCUAGUCCCAUUAUCCAGGAGGGUCCUGCAAAUCCCAUUAUACAGGAGGGUCCUGCUAGUCCCAUUAUCCAGGAGGGUCCUGCAAAUCCCAUUAUACAGGAGGGUCCUGCUAGUCCCAUUAUCCAGGAGGGUCCUGCAAAUCCCAUUAUACAGGAGGGUCCUGCUAGUCCCAUUAUCCAGGAGGGUCCUGCAAAUCCCAUUAUACAGGAGGGUCCUGCUAGUCCCAUUAUCCAGGAGGGUCCUGCAAAUCCCAUUAUACAGGAGGGUCCUGCUAGUCCCAUUAUCCAGGAGGGUCCUGCAAAUCCCAUUAUACAGGAGGGUCCUGCUAGUCCCAUUAUCCAGGAGGGUCCUGCAAAUCCCAUUAUACAGGAGGGUCCUGCUAGUCCCAUUAUCCAGGAGGGUCCUGCAAAUCCCAUUAUACAGGAGGGUCCUGCUAGUCCCAUUAUCCAGGAGGGUCCUGCAAAUCCCAUUAUACAGGAGGGUCCUGCUAGUCCCAUUAUCCAGGAGGGUCCUGCAAAUCCCAUUAUACAGGAGGGUCCUGCUAGUCCCAUUAUCCAGGAGGGUCCUGCAAAUCCCAUUAUACAGGAGGGUCCUGCUAGUCCCAUUAUCCAGGAGGGUCCUGCAAAUCCCAUUAUACAGGAGGGUCCUGCUAGUCCCAUUAUCCAGGAGGGUCCUGCAAAUCCCAUUAUACAGGAGGGUCCUGCUAGUCCCAUUAUCCAGGAGGGUCCUGCAAAUCCCAUUAUACAGGAGGGUCCUGCUAGUCCCAUUAUCCAAGAGGGUCCUGCUAAUUUCAUUAUUCAGGAGGGACCUGCUAAUUCAAUGGAUUAUCAAACUUCAAUGAAUGUAAAUUCUUUGAUGGCUGACUCAAAUAGCAUGGAUGAAAAGUUUGUGAUGAUGGAGCAAACCAUUGAGGCCUUGAAGAAAUCUGUUGAUGAAAAAAAUCUUCAUAGUGCUCAACUUAUGAAAAAGUUGGAGGCCUUCACACCUGGAGAGUCCACUUGUCCAUCUGGUUUUGAUCAACGAAACAAGGACGUUAAGGAAUCUCUAGCAAAGUCAAAAUUUCAAAAGGAGAAAUAA